AUGCCGCGCGCUCAGUCCCAGUCCCAAGCCUUGACGCCUCGGUCUCAGUCCCAGUCCGAACCCCUGAUGUCUCAGUCCCAGUCCGAACCCCUGAUGUCUCAGUCCCAGUCCGAACCCCUGAUGUCUCAGUCCCUGUCCGAACCCCUGAUGCCUCAGUCUCGGUCUCAGUCCAGACCCCUGAUGCCUCGGUCUCGGUCUCAGUCCCAGUCCGAACCCCUAGUGCCCAGGUCUCGGUCUCGGUCCCAGUCCGAACCCCUAGUGCCCAGGUCUCGGUCUCAGUCCCAGUCCGAACCCCUAGUGCCCAGGUCUCGGUCUCAGUCCCAGUCCGAACCCCUAGUGCCCAGGUCUCGAUCUCAGUCCCAGUCCGAACCCCUAGUGCCCAGGUCUCGAUCUCAGUCCCAGUCCGAACCCCUGAUGCCUCGGUCUCGCUCUCAGUCCCAGUCCGAACCCCUGAUGCCUCGGUCUCGCUCUCAGUCCCAGUCCGAACCCCUGAUGCCUCGGUCUCGCUCUCAGUCCCAGUCCGAACCCCUGAUGCCUCGGUCUCGCUCUCAGUCCCAGUCCGAACCCCUGAUGCCUCGGUCUCGCUCUCAGUCCCAGUCCGAACCCCUGAUGCCUCGGUCUCGGUCCCAGUCCGAACCCCUGAUGCCUCGGUCUCGGUCCCAGUCCGAACCCCUGAUGCCUCGGUCUCGGUCCCGGUCCCAGUCCGAACCCCUGAUGCCUCGGUCUCGGUCCCAGUCCGAACUCCUGAUGCCUCGGUCUCGGUCUCAGUCCCAGUCCGAACCCCUGAUGCCUCGGUCUCUGUCUCAGUCCCAGUCCCAGCCCCUGGUGCCCAGGUCUCGGUCUCAGUCCGAGCCCCUGGUGCCCAGGUCUCGGUCUCAGUCCGAGCCCCUGGUGCCCAGGUCUCGGUCUCAGUCCGAGCCCCUGGUGCCCAGGUCUCGGUCUCAGUCCGAGCCCCUGGUGCCCAGGUCUCGGUCUCAGUCCCAGUCUGAACCCCUGGUGCCCAGGUCUCGGUCUCAGUCCCAGUCUGAACCCCUGGUGCCCAGGUCUCGGUCUCAGUCUCAGUCCCAGCCCCUGGUGCCCAAGUCUCGGUCUCAGUCCCUGCCCCAGCUGCCACGGAUCCAGCAUCGGUCACAGGUGCAACGCUCCCAGCACUCACCUGAGCUCCAGCAACAGCCUCGUUCUCUGGUACAACCCCAGGCUCUACCCAUGCAGCUCCUGUCGCAGUCUCAGCUCCAGAUGCCUCGAUCCCAACAGGUUGGCAAACCUCAAUCCAAUCCUCAGGUGUCAUCCUCUGGGGGUCAACUUCAAACACCACGUUCCAAGUACCAAAACCAGAUUCAGUCUCCGUUCCAGCAAACACCAUGGUCACAGCAGCUGCCUAAGCUUCAUUCCCAGAAAGGUAUCUAUCAGGGUGAGGUACCCCUGUUCCCUCACAGGCCUCAGGGCCCUGUACCCCCGUUUCCUCCUAAGGGUAAGGCCCAGGCCAAUGUCCCAAAGUGUGAGGAGGACCGCUCUCCCUCGUCUGUACUGUUCCCUGCUGGGAGAUUUGAAGCUUAUGAAGCUUAUGUCUUCGAGAGCAGCACCAGGCCGAAUGGGAUGGCGGGCCUGCUGGGGCUGCCCACCCCUUACCUCCCAGGCUCAGACGAUCUGUACCCGGACAGUGGGAAGCUGCAGGAGGACACCUACAGGAGACCAUGGACCAGAGAACAAGUGAUGUCUACCAGCAAGCUUUCACUCGGCAGCCCUCCAUUUGAGGAUUUGGAAGAAAGAAAACAGCCAGUUGUCUCACCUGAAAGAUUUAUUGCGAUGGAUGAAAUGGAGAUGAUACCCAGCUCUAAUCCUGACUCACUGGUGGAUUCAGACCUUGAUGAGUAUCUUUUUGAAAUAUCUCGUACUUCUGAACCAUGGCAGGAGUCUUUUUCCAAGUGGACAUCUGAAAAUAAUGGUGAAGAUCUUUUCUUACCAGAGGAGGUCUUGACUGUCGACUACCUGCUACAGUUUCGGAGACAUUUACCAACACUGAAAGCUAAACUGUCCCGACUGAGCGUCCUGCUUGUGGCCGACCCUCUGCUCGGCUCAACAGGAGACUCCAUCUCUGAAGACGCUGUGUUCAGCUGUUUCCAGCGCUGUGAGUUGUAUGAGAAACCUCCACAUGUGGACAGCACUGAUGUGGAGACCUGUGCUCAUAUUCAUGAAGAGUUCCACAAAGAAUCGCUCGUCAAUAAAGAAUCGCUGCUGCUCCCUGACAUCUUGGAAACUGUUCAGGUGAACCCAGAAAACUGUUUCAGCCCUUCAAGGGUCUCUGAUCACAUAAAUGUCUCACCUGAAGUGCUGAAUGAGUCGUGUCCAGUUCUGCUGGAGCUUCGUCAAGCUUGUUUUCCAAAUGCAUCGGUGGAGUGGAUUUCACCGUACAGGACAGCAGGAGAGGCAAGUGAAGUAUGCAAGGUGAAGAAAGACCCGGCAGAUCUGGCAGAGCGCCUGGUGCUUCUUCCUGAGAUGGAGCUGGACGUUACGUUCAGCCCGACUUCUAAGAAGAAUCGACACCACGUCUGUAUGUCCACCUCUGAGCUCCAGAAAGAAGAGCUGCCUCCUUUUUCUCCACUAUCUUUGGUGUCAGCGAGAACUCAGGAGGAGAUGCAGACGGCGCUCUGGAAAGCUGAGAAACACCCAAACUUCAUGGUGUGCAUUCUCUUAGCAGAGCCUGAAAUCUGUGAACCAGCAGUCGACAUCCAGCCCCUGUGUGAAGUUUCGAAGGCUUUUCAGUUGAAGAAACACAGCAUCACACACACUGGAGACCACCAGACGGAGACGGGAGUCCUGCAGAAGGAUUUGGGCUGCGCUCGUCUGUUAAUGGAGAGCAUGAGGUCGGAGUCGAACCCUGGGAGGGAAGAAAGGGUGGAGGUCUUCAGAAAAGUCUGUCUAGCACAUGUGGAGGACAAAACUCAUUUACAAAGAGAGUGGAACUCCUCUCACGUGAACACUUUCAACACAAACAAAGAAGUAACGCCUGCGGCUGCGGCCGCCUCCAGCAUUUCACAGGAGACAUUUCCAGUCGCGGCUCUCAGGUCUUCUACUCCGGCACCCGUCACCAGCAGAGGUGGAGACGAUGGGAGGAGAGAGCGGAGCUCCCGCCUCUCUGUGCCUGCCAGGUCAAUCAGGACGGAUGUCUCUGAUAACGCCAGAGGAACACCGUUCAGCAGGCGUCCAGCAGAGACGGACCACGACCCUCUUUCCACCUUCAUGACGCUCAGAUUCCAGCCGGUCGUCUCAGUUCCUGCAACUCGUCAGAGCUCAGCCAGCGCCGCAGCAGGGGUGGGGCCUGUGGAGCAGACGCCCCCCUCAGAGGACACGCCGGGCCACAUGCACACCAUCGUAUCAGGAAGAGCCACCAGAGAGCAGAAUCCGCCUCAGUGGACCAGCAAAGUCCUGGGCCGUCCCGCCGUUCAGUCGGACCCUCAGAAGAGACCUGACAGCACGGUGGUGCAGGUUGAAGCCACAGACAGUCAAAGGCGGGCCUACCGAGAGCUCCUGGAAUUCGCCCUGCCCUGUCUGAGCUCUGCCCGACAGCUUGGACUCAACGUCCUGCUGUGGGGAGACUUCAGCCGCCUGGCUCCGGACCAGACUCACUUCCUCCUCAAACAGCAGGAGCGAGCGCUCCACAGGACUCCUGCUCCCAGCGCAGAUGACACCGUGCUGCUCGCAGAUCAGGAGCUGCUUCUCAAGCAGGCGACUCUGAUUCACGUUCUGGUGACGUUCAAGGAGCUGCUGCUCAAGUGUGACCUGGGAACCGCAGUGGAGUACCUGAGCAGGGCAGUGAAGGCAUGUGCAGAGGAAAGUGUGCAGCAGCUGCUCAAGAGGCUGCAGACCAUCCUCUACCUCAGCCAGAUGAACCAGGAGCCCAACUUCAAACUGCAGGAGCUGCAGCGGCUGCUGGCUGAGCGGCUGCACAGCAGCAACGCCGGACACAGCAUCACAGGGAGAAUUCUUGUCAUAAUAUCAGCUGACUCUGAAGACAGCAGCUCCACUGUGGUCGCCAGCUUGAAACAAGCUACUGGCGCUGCUGUCGCUGCUGUUCAUCCCACAGCAGACAUGAAAAAGCUGAAUGGUGCCAGCGUGGUCAGCAGCGUGCAGGCCUGUAUGUGUGUGGUUGUGUGUGAGCAGCACAUCGGCCCGGACUUCCCCUGGAGCUGCUUCUCCCUGCUGGUGGAGUUCGACCACCCGGGCCACUCCCCAUGGGCCGCAGUGUGCAGGGAGAGGAGCAUCGGCCACCUCACCUUCAACACCAACGUCUCCAACACCGAGGAUCAGGACACCAGCUGGCGUCUGCAGGAUAACGUUCCCUACGUGCUGCUUGUGACGGAGCAGCUCCUCAACUGUCCGAUGCUUUUACAUUCUCUGGAGUCAGACUUCAACAUUACCGUGUUGGAGAGGAGUUACAGCCCCACCCUGCAGAACCUGGGAGGAACCCAGAACUACACCGUGAUCACUGUGGAUGAAAACACAGCCAUCGUCAUUCAGGAGCAGGAAGAACUGUGUCGGGAGCAGGUCAGUGAGAGUCUGGUGAUGAGGCUCAUCGCUCUCUCUCUGCAGUACAGCUGCUGCUGGUUCCUCCUGCACUGCUCCGGUGGCCAGGGACGAGGAUUUUCCAGCGAAGCCUCCACCAACCUGGCGCUGCUUUAUUCGUCCCUGGUCGUCUUCAAUAUGAAAUCGGAGUUUGAUCUGGACGUGAAGGUGCUGAUAGUGUCAGACAUGUUGGAUUUGGCCAAGUGGAUCAGCCAGAUCUGUUUCACCUGCCUGAUGUGCAGCGACAGGGACGCUCUGAGCUUCCUGGGCAGAGACUGGCUGACUGUGGUGCCUUCACAGGAUGAAGUGCGCCUGUGUCAGUUCCCAUCGAUCAACCCUCUGGUCGCUCAGCUGAUGCUGAGCAGAGCGCCGUCCCUCCGGUGGCUCCUGGUGGCCCCUCUGCCCCAGCUGAAGGAGCUGCUCCCCGAGGUGUCCCACAAGGUGCUCAAGCUGUUCACAGACCUCACUGCCCGGUACCCGCCCCCUGCAGACCCGAUCCAGUCUGAGUCCAGCCCAGAGCUCAGCCUGUGGAGUCAAACCAGCGAGCACCCGGGGCCUUGGCAGGCGGACCGGCUCUGGACCGACGGCCCCGGCAGCUUGUUGUUUGGAGCCAGAGACACACAGGGCGGCUUCAGCAAGCCGGACUCUGCAGAACGGGACGGCGGCUCAGAUUUCACUGUAGACUUUCUGAGUUGUUCCUUUGGCAGCUGGACCAGCGGCGAUCCGUGGAGCCAGAAGGAGGAGGAGAAGCUUCCUGUGUGGACGAGCCGAGCUGGAGCAGCGGGGGGCGUUGCUGAACGACUGAACGAUGAACACACACACUCCCUCCAGAACCCAGGAAGCCCUUUCAUGCUGGAGCCCACAUUGAGCUGCAGCCCCGCCCUGCAGCCGCCAGAAAGCUCCCACACAGCCACGUUCCCCGUCGUCUACAGCGACCUCCAGCUCCGUCCCGUCACCGGCGGCCUGGGGCUUCCAUCUAACCUGACGUGGGACCGGGGUGAAAGCUAUGGUUCCAGACGCUGGGCGGGACGGGAGAGGAAGAGGAGCGGUGAGGAGGCCGGCCUGUUUGGAUCAGUGCUGACGCCGCUGAAGAGACGAGGGCUGAGCUACGAGAAGAUUCCCGGCAGAAGUGACGGACAGACGAGGCUCCGCUUGUUGUAG